GUCUUCUUCCAGAUUUUUAGCCAUCUCUUCCAUGUCUUCUUCAACGAACUUGUAUUUAUAUCCAAACAGCACCCUAUCAAAUUCUGUCGUUAAAGCUCAUAAAAGUAGUAAUAUAUGAUUUACAAUUGCAUUUAAUUAAACUUAAUCCUUAUAAAAUUUGUUUACACCCAUCAUUUUAUUGUUAUAAUUUUUAUGUUUAACAUUUCAUGUCACAGAAAAAUGGUUUUUUAAUUUGAAAGUGAUAACAUUCAAGUUUCACAAGAUGAAUGUUGUCGGGCUAAUCAAGAAGAGGGAAACGGCGCAGUUUUAGAUGUACCGGCAGCUUACUUAUCGGCUGACACUGUGGAGGUUUUAGCAAACUUGCCUAACAUCUGAACCCUCCUUCUGAACGAACAUCUUCAUCAGUAUGGGAGUCUUAAGCGCAAGCAACCCUCAUAUUCUGUCUACUGCCUCUUUUUUCACUCCCAAAUUCUCUUUAAAAACCUCCAACAACAAAAACACUCUUAUAUUUAACAUAUCCACCUUCAAAUUCCCAAGAAAACGCUCAUUUCCGUGCUAUUUUUUCUCCUCUAACACAACUACCCUGCAGGUUUCUGCUCGUUUUGGUCGACCCACCAGUCGCCGCAACUCGCUGAGAAAAAAGCUUCUCAAUGAUCAACAACAGGUGAAUCAAAACAUUCUCAAUUCUUCAAGUACGAGUUCUAGUUUUGAAAAUAUUGAGAAUUUGAAUUACGAUUCUGUGAAAGGGAGUGUUAAUGAUGUUAUAAUUGAAAAUUCUAAAGAUUCAAAAUCGAAACCUGUUGUUGAAUCUGCUUUGCAUGGUCAAUUGGAGAAUUGGAUUGAUCAGUACAAAAAGGAUGUUGAUUACUGGGGCAUUGGGUCGGGGAAAAUUUUUACAGUUUUUCAAGAUGCUGAUGGGAAUGUGAAGAAAGUUGUAAUCGAUGAAGAUGAAAUCUUGAAAAGAAGUCAAGUUGAAGACUUAGCUGAAUUAAAUUCUAAAAUAGAAUGUGCUAGGAAUUUGGCCAAAGAAAUGGAGAUUGGGGAAAAUGUGAUUCCGAGGAACAGUACAGUGGCAAAGUUUGUUCUUUCAGGUGAGGAGUCUGGUUUUGUUAAUGCGAUCCGUGAUGUCAUUCUCCAUCCUCAGUUUAUCCCUAAGAGCUCUAGAGUUGGAAGCAUUGUGUUGUGUGGUUUGGUUGUAUUUUGGUUGGUGAAGAAAGUAUUUUCAUUUCAAGGUAAAGAGGUGCAUUACACAGAACUGGAGAAAGAAAUGAUGAGAAGAAAGAUAAAGUCAAGAAAGGAGAAGGAAAUGUUAGAGAAGGGAAGUGUGGAAGUUGUUCAAAAAGAGAUGGAACCUCCAAUGGAGACCUUUAUAAAACCUAAGAUAGACAAGCAAGAACUCAUGAAGAAUAUAAUCAAAGCAAAGGCUUCAAAGGAUAAUUUCGCAUUGGUGGAUUCGUCUAGUUCUCAAACAAGCAAAUUGGAUUUUGAGUUCAAACAGCAUAGAGAAGAUGAUAUGAAAUUCUUGGGGAACCUUCCGAAGGAAAGUGAUGAAACUGCAAUGACUGUGUCUUUAGUUGAAACAAAAUGCUGGAGUACUGAAUUUCCCAACAAGGGAGGCACUUCAUUUGUAGUGGUGAAAGAAGAUGUUGUUCAAUCAUCAGAUCCUCAUGAUGCUAAAUCAUCUAUUUCAGAUACCAAUUCUGUUAGAAAAGAAACAAGGGUCAUACGAUCAGUGAAAGAAGCUAGGGAAUUUCUUUCCAGAAAACACGGCAAAGAAGAUUUUGAUCAGCCCAUUGUUAAAACUUUGCAAGAAAGUGUUGCUGUUUCAAAUCAACCAAGUGGUAAAUUUGAUAGAAAUACAAGGCAGACAUUCAGUGUGGACAACAAAGUUUUGGGUUCUGCAAAUUUUGGUGGACCAUCUGAGUCUACUUUUGCUCUAAAUGUUCAUAAAUGUUCAACUCUGAAGGAUGAGGAGCAGGUUCCCAUCAACAAAGAUGAUCCUGAAUAUUCUGAUGAAGAAUAUGAAGUGGGUGAUUGUGAAAAUUCCCAUACUUACUUAGAUCAUGAAGAUUCUGGUGCAAGUACAAAGACUGGAACAUAUGUAAAGAUGGAAAACUGGGUGGAAAAAAAUUUUCAUGAUAUUGAACGCAUUGCAAAGAAGAUAGGAACUGGAUUCCGAGACAAUUUCAUGGUUGCAAGAGAGAAAGUAAAUAAACAAUUAAAUACCUUUGCUGAUAUUACACAGCUUGGCUCUGGUGAAGAUGACAGUGAACUUGAGUGGAUGAAAGAUGAUAAGCUGAGAGACAUUGUUUUUCAAGUCCGAGAAAAUGAGUUGGCUGGGCGAGAUCCAUUUUAUUUGAUGGAUGCUGAAGAUAAACUUGCAUUCUUUCAGGGUCUUGAAAAGAAAGUUGAGGAAGAGAAUGCAAAGUUAUCCCAUGUGCAUGAAUGGCUCCAUUCAAACAUUGAAAAUCUUGAUUAUGGAGCAGAUGGUAUCAGCUUGUAUGAUCCACCAGAGAAAAUCAUACCGCGCUGGAAAGGGCCUCCAUUGGAGAAAACUCCUGAGUUCCUGGAUGACUUCCUUAAACAAAGGGAGGCUCUUUUUGCUGGAAAAAUUCCAGUGAAGAAGGAUGAGGAGAAAUUUCUUCAAAAAUCAACAAGGUUUCCCACCCAUGAGAAUGCUGCUGCUUCUUUGGCUACUAAUGAUUUGAAGAAGUCACAAAAUAGGGAUCCAAAACAUUCCAAGACAGUUAUAGAAGGCAGUGAUGGUUCUAUCAGAUCUGGUAAAAAAUUGGGGAAGGAGUACUGGCAACAAAAGAAAUGGUCACGUGGGUUCUUGGAAUCUUAUAAUGCAGAGACAGACCCAGAAGUUAAAUCCAUUAUGAAAGAUAUGGGAAAGGAUUUAGAUCGAUGGAUCACUGAAGAACAAAUACAGGAAGCAGCUGAUCUGAUGACCAAACUACCUGAGAGGAAUAAGAAGUUCAUGGAGAAGAAAAUCAACAAGCUCAAAAGAGAGAUGGAGUUGUUUGGACCACAAGCUGUUGUGAGCAAAUACCGUGAACAUGCAGAAGAGAAAGAAGAAGAUUAUCUAUGGUGGCUAGAUCUACCACAUGUUCUGUGCAUUGAACUGUACACAAUUCAAGACGGGGAACAAAAUAUAGGAUUCUAUUCACUGGAGAUGGCUGCAGAUCUUGAGUUGGAACCAAAACCCCAUCAUGUGAUUGCUUUUGAAGAUGCUGGUGAUUGCAAAAACCUUUGUUAUAUCAUUCAGAGCCAUUUGGAGAUGCUUGGAAGUGGCCAAGCCUUUGUUGUUGCAAGGCCUCCUAAGGAUGCUUUUCGCGAAGCCAAAGCAAAUGGUUUUAGUGUAACUGUCAUCAGGCAAGGAGAGCUACAGCUCAACAUUGACCAACCCCUAGAAGAAGUAGAGGAACAAAUUACUGAGAUUGGGAGUAAGAUUUACCAUGAUAAGAUAAUGGGAGAACGAUCUGUGGAUGUAAGCUCAUUGAUGAAGGGUGUCUUUCGCUUUGGUGCCAAAUCCUCUAAGAGCAGAAGGGGUAAGAAUCUGGCAAAGAAGAUGCUGAAAAGGCCUAGCAAGAAGUGAACUGAGAGUCUCCUGGCUCACCGCAUUGGGCUAUUGAGACAAUUGACCAUGUGAGAUAUCAGAUGACCAUGAAGGCCACUGUUGAUUUGCUCCCCUCUGCAUUCUCUUAUGAUUCAGUUUUGCAAGUUCCGCCAAAAUGCUGUAGCAGUGGGCAGAAAGCUUGUCUUGACACAGACCGCUGACCUGCUAUCUAUCUUCUAUUUAGUUCCAUAUCCUGUAAUUAUAGUAACAGGUAGUAGUUGAAAUGCUUAUUCCAGUGGCAAAACAUGGGGAUGCUUAUGACGUGAAGAACUGGAACAAGAUUUUAAAUGCUUAUUCCAGUGGUUUUUUAAUGCCUCCUGAUAAAAAAUUGCUGUUGGAGCUAGCUGGAAUCCAGUAAUUUAGAAUAAAGCUUCUUCUAUCCAGUUUUCAUCAA